UGUCGUUUAUUAUUUUAAGAUGUUAAAUCAUUCAAACCUAUAAUCUUUUAAAAGAAACUGUCAGGUCAUUCAUUAAUGGUGAAUAAUAAUAAUAUUAGGAAGGGAAAAUCCCUAAAAACCAGCCCAGAUGGGUUUCAGGCAUUUAAAAGAUGGGCAACAGAAAAUGGGAACUUGUGCGUGAUUCAUAAGCCAAAUGACGAAGAAGUUCAACCUCCAAUUACCAUUCCAUCUCCUGAAGAACCACUUUUGGUUCAUUCUUUAUUCUCUGCUUGGAGUUUUCUGCUCUUUGAAAGGGCUGUCUAAGUUUUCAGAGCUUUCGUUGUUUCACAGGUAAUAUUUCCAUCCAUUUAUGGAAGUUGGUUCUGGCACAUGCCAUGCUCUGACUCUGCUUGCUUUAUCUGCUUCUCCUUUUCUGUUUGUCACUUUCUCCUCUUAUUUCUGCUAACAACAUCAUCUGUUUCAUGAUUAAAGAUGAGUUCUGGGUUCAGUACAGAGUUCCCAAAUGUUGCAGAUCCAAUGCAUGAUUCAUAUCUAUCUUCAGGUUUUGCUUCUUCAACUUCUUUUUACACAGAUCAUGUCCCUGUUAUGAAAGUUGGCCAACCAGGUGGGGCAUUCCCUAUUAUUGCAGAGAAGAAAAGGAGGGCAACAAGUGAGCAUAUUGCCGGAAUUGCUCUAUCAGAUCUGGCUAAAUACUUUGAUGUUCCUAUUACGGAAGCUUCAAGAAGUCUAAAUGUUGGAUUAACAGUGCUGAAAAGAAGAUGCAGAGAGUUUGGGAUUCAUCGAUGGCCGCACAGGAAGAUCAAGUCCAUUGAUGGUCUAAUCCGAGAUCUUCAGGAAGAAGCAAAGCGUAGAGAGGAAGAUCAGAAAGCUUUGAUGGCAGUGACAAAGAGGCAAAUGAUGCUGCAGAAUGAAAGAGAGAGCAUCGAGAGGACACCAUUUAGAGAGCUGGAGAGUGAGACCAAGAGAUUUAGGCAAGAUGUUUUCAAGAGAAGGCAUAAAGCUAGAGCUCUAGUAAGUCACAGUCCAGUUUAGUUUGUAGCAGCCAUUAUAUUGAACAAAAUAAAUGACUUGCAAAGUAGUUUGUUACUUUUUUUUAAUCUCGAUCUUGUCUCGAGAUCAAGGUCUUUCAAUGCAAUAUUGCAUCUCAUCUUGGCUCCCAAUCGACAUGGCCCACAUGUCUUGAUGU